CUCUCUCUCUCUCUCUCUCUCUGUGUGUGUGUCUAAAUCCAUCAACCAGAAUCACACGCUAAGCGCGUUGGUCAUUUUCUCCAUCUCUAAAUAAACACUCAACCACAAUUCCAAAUGUCCUUUGAUUAUUCGCAUCUCCGUCUCUAAUCUAUUUGUGAAAUCGUAGUUAAUUGAAGGUGCUUAAAGUGCGGUUCCAUCAACUAUUUGUUUGGUUGCUUAGAAAAUUUAGGUGAAGAACAGGGAAAGGAAAUCAGUCAUAACUGUUGAACCCAAUGAUCCAAUGGAUAAGAAACAGCAUAUUGCAAUAUUUACAACUGCCAGCCUUCCAUGGAUGACUGGGACUGCCGUCAACCCUCUUUUCCGUGCUGCCUAUCUUGCAAAAAAUGGGGAGAGAAAGGUUACUUUGGUGAUUCCUUGGUUGUCAUUAAAAGAUCAAGAACAUGUGUAUCCAAACAUGAUCACAUUUAAUUCAGCUUCAGAGCAAGAGAAGUAUGUCCGCCAGUGGGUUGAGGAAAGGACUGGAUUUAUUUCUAGUUUUAACAUACGCUUUUAUCCAGGAAAGUUUUCUCAACACAAAAGGAGCAUUCUAGCUUUAGGUGAUAUUACAGAAACCAUACCUGAUGAAGAGGCAGAUAUUGCUGUCCUAGAGGAGCCCGAGCAUCUUACAUGGUAUCAUCAUGGGAAGAGAUGGAAAAAAAAAUUUUGCUUGGUUAUAGGAGUUGUUCACACCAAUUAUUUGGAAUAUGUGAGGAGAGAGAAGAAUGGACAAGUGCAAGCAUUUAUUCUGAAAUACCUCAACAGUUGGGUUGUUAAUAUAUAUUGCCACAAGGUUAUAAGGUUAUCUGCUGCCACCCAGGAUCUUCCAAGAUCCAUUAUCUGCAAUGUUCAUGGAGUCAAUCCUAAGUUCCUUGAGAUCGGCAGAAAAAAGAGUGAGGAGGGAAGCCAAGGCUUCAGCAAAGGUGCCUACUAUAUAGGGAAAAUGGUGUGGAGUAAAGGCUAUAAGGAGCUACUGAAACUUCUUCGUGAUCAUCAAAAGGAAUUGGCUGGACUUGAGGUUGAUUUAUAUGGUAAUGGGGAAGACUCUGCUCAAGUUGAGGAAGCUGCCAAGAAAUUGGAAGCAGUUAGGGUUCAUCCUGGGCGUGAUCAUGCUGAUCCUUUAUUUCAUGACUAUAAAGUGUUCCUGAAUCCAAGUACCACAGAUGUCGUCUGCACAACCACAGCUGAAGCAUUGGCAAUGGGGAAAAUAGUUGUUUGUGCUGAUCAUCCCUCAAAUGAAUUUUUCAAGCAAUUCCCAAAUUGUCGAACAUAUGAAGAUGGCAGUGGGUUUGUGAAAACUACACGCAAGGCACUGGCAGACGAGCCUGCCCCCCUGACUGAUGCACAAAUGCAUGAGCUCUCAUGGGAGGCUGCCACAGAACGGUUUCUAAACACUGCAGAACUGGACAAUGUCCCUGCAAAAAGACUGACAAAUAAGCCAUCAAAGCUUUUUACGUCUACAUCUUUGAAUUUUCGAAGGAAUCUCGUGGAUGCAUCAGCAUUAGUUCAUUUUGUGGGAACUGGGCUCCUGAGUUCUCAACCAAAUGAAGAGCAAUGUAAAGAGCUUGGCAUGUCCGUCCCUUCAAGAAAGUGGCGAAUCUCUCCGAGGAAACGGGAGAAAAGUUAUGCAAAUUCUCUGUUUUAAAUCUCAGAUGGCUGAGGUGCCAGAGUACAGUCACUGAUGCAAGGAUUUUUUGUUGGUUAUUUUGUAUGUUGUUGUCUAGAAUGAGAAAUGGUUGAAGGAUGGGUGGACUAACGUGCUUGAAUGUUGUAUAGCAGAAUUGUAUAUGUAGCAUACUUCCGUUGUAAAUUUUCCAUUCUUGUAUCUCUUCCUUUCCUUGGCGUAGGGUGUAGGGGGUUGACAUAGUUUUUUUUUCUCUUGUACCUGUAUUAAUAAGAUUUGAUGGUUGGUUAUGGGUAAUUUAAGCAUUUAUUAGGAAUGUCAAUUGAGUCUCAUGUCUUAUUAUCUUCAAG